AUGCCAUCUCAAAUCAUCCUGCUUACGCGUGCCGGAUCACUCAGUCGUGGUCAGCUUGCCAAGUGCGGCACAUUCCAGCAGCUUGUCCCCCCUGUCAGGUCGAACGUCGAACUGAGGUUAACGGGACGACCGGAACGCCUGGUCACACCUUUGUGGAACCCGCCCAAGUGGUUCCCCAUUGAUCUUUUGUGGCAGCCACCAGAGUCAACAAGUUCGGACGAGUCACGUCGCUCAGAUGUGACCUCUCCAUCGAGUAUGACCCGAUACGCCAGCCUAGCGCGUCGUGCCGUCAAUUUGACAUUAUCGCUAGUCCAGUUACACUUGUGUCACGCGAUUGAGCCGGCGCCCUCACUGGCCCAGUCGGUCCCUUUGGUUGCUAUUUUGCGCUGUACUCCUGAGUCGCCAGACCCCUUGACUGAUGACCCAUCGAGCUUGAUGCAACUAGUCAGCCCGACGCUCUUGUCCGUUCUGUUGGGCCUUCCAGCAGCUUACUCCCGUCACCCUCGUGGGCUGGGAGGCUGGUAUGAUCCGUACCAUCCAGCCAGUGCUGGAUCACCACGGGUGACAAGUUACACCGGUUCGACGCGUCAAGCGAUUGCGUAUUCAGUCGUCAUUGAUGUCCAGACGCUCAACAGAGUUUUCCGCUGUGAAGUCAUUAUGUCCAACCCCCAGCUGGGUGGAACUCAGAUUAUGACGCUGAUGUGGUCAAGGCACAUUACCGACGCCAAAGGCGGCCAUUUCCCAACUACCUCGCCCUUUGACGGUUGGAUCCGUGAACUGCUACCUUUGCUUGUCAGGUCGGAUUCUCUGGCGGAUCCUCCACAUCAUUCAUAUGAGCUAGAUGAACGGUACCAUUCAGCCAUGGCCGGUUCGUCGAUUGCUGUGGUUUCCAUCAAUUUGAUGGGCCAAAUGAUUGAGCCGGUGUCAUUACCUGGAGUGGUCCAUGAUUCAAGUAUGACACACUACGUCAGUAUGAAGUGUCAUGCCUCCAAAUCGACGUUACCUCUCGCCCAGUCGUUUCCUCUGGACACCCCUUUGCGUCAUCCUCCUGAGCUAAAGUGUUCACGCGAGCUGCAAUGCUCAACCAUGGCGCACCCACUACGCACAAUGCAUACUGUCACCGCAGCAUAUUGUGCGAUAGAGCUGACGUCUUCGCUGGGUCAGUCGAACCUGUCGACUGUCAUUUCACGCCGUCCCCUGGAGCUAGCGCGUCUACUUGAGUCGUACAGUUCAGCGGUGGUCCAUCCGUUGACCUUAGCGUAUCGCCAGAUGAACCUUCUGGCCGAUCCCUUGCGUUGCCCGACCGAGUCGGCAUACUCACGUGAGACAGAUUACUCAGGGGUAGGAGAAUCAAACAAGGACCAUCUGGCUGUUCUUACAUCCUGCGUUCUCGAACCUGGGUGUUCGUGCCAUCUGUGUCACUCAGCCCUGACUAGUCGACCAAUUGUGAUGAAUCACAUCCGUUUAUCGUGCCAAGCGGUCAAGCCGACCCCUUUAUCUACUCUUGUAGGCCUAUUGACUGUUUCUAUGCACUCCCUUCUCGAGGCAGCACACUGGCAGUGGUCGCACCACUUGGUAUCAGCACACACACUAAUUAAGACUCGUCCCGCUAGUACAUUGCACUGUGCAGACGAGUCGACAUCCUCAUACAACUGGCUGGAUCUCCGUGCAGUACCCACUUGUCAACUCCCUGAGCCAGCAUACCUGCAUGGGCUAUGUUGUUCGCCAGUAGCCCAUCUAUCGAUCUCAGCGCGUUUCACCAGGAUGACGCGCCAGGCGUCUGAGCCAGAAUUCACGCAUGUCCACUCAGGUCCUCUAGCUGAUGCAGGUUACCAUCUUCUCGAGCCGGCUCUUUCGUAUGGCUCACACAUGGUUUGUACAUCAUCGGAAACGCAUCCCAUCAGAUCAGCGCAACGUACGGUCAAGCCGCCCUUGCACGACCAGUCGGAUCCACCGGUGGUUCCUGUCCACCGUCCUCUAGAUUUGGCGUGCACCGUGAUCCAUCAUGUAGUUGAGCCGUCAUCCCCAUUUGGUCUGUCAGAUUUCUCGGCAAUUCCUGCGACGUAUUCCCUUGAGCAAGUACCUUCAUGGGUAUGGACACAGCCAGAGCUCGAGUUGUCGCACACGGAGCCACUACGAGCAUCACUGUCCAUGUCGUGUCCCAAAUCUCUCAAACGGAUAUACACCGUAUCGCGGUGCUUGGAAAUGACAGGCACGAUGCAAGCGCCGCCAUGGCACCAUCCUCGUGAGACGCGGUACCCACCGGAUGUGGUACACCCCACAUUGUGGCAGUCAUCAAACGUGGUUUUCAUUCAGGUUGUGUGGUCAGCUACACGUCGGACCCGACCAAGAGUGGACCUAGGAAGAGCCCUUAUACCCCGUUGGUGGUCUCAGGUCGUACCAAGCCUGGCAAAUUACAUGCCACGCGGUGUUGUGCGAAUUCAAGGCCAUGAUCAUCCACAUGGCAUUUAUAAGCAUGGCAACAGCAGCAUUAUGAUACAAGUUGCCUCCUUCCCUGCUGGAAGACUAAACGUUACACCGUGUUACCGCAAGAACCCGAGCUCCGACAGAAAAACCGUCGCCAUGGCUCGGCCCGAAAGCUCGCAGUGGCACCUCUUCCAGGCCAAUUGCCUAUGCGUCUCUGUGUCCUCGACUACUCCUAGGUCCACAGCCGCAUCGUCAGAUCAGUCAAAUCCGAUCGUCCUACCACACCCUCUGAGAUGGUCAAAUCAUCUGAUCAAACGAGGGAAUCCGCUUCCCAGCCCGGUCCAUUCUGUCUUCCCAGUAUCAUACCGCGUGGUUGGUCUAUCUCGACUAACUUCCGAACCCACGCAGUCCUUCCGCGUCCUUGCACACUCACCCUCCAUUCAGUCACGUCGGUCCAGUGUAGGUGAAGAGGAGUUGAGCCCUCGAGAUUCAAUGACCGGGUUCUCAGAAAACCAGUCCCUCCGCCAGAGGACCGCCCCAAAAGGGACUUGCAUUAAACAAGUCGUCAGCAAGGUCCUAUCGUCAUACUUGUUAAAUACAGAGGACGAAAGAUUCAACUUGGGUCUAAUCAGACCAGCCUCUCCCUCCUUCCCUCCAAGCUAUUUCUGA